CACAAAAUGGAGGAUUGGAUUAUGGCCGUGUUGUUCAACAGGCCAAAAGAUCGAAUGAAAAAUACAUUUUACGAGUGGAUUUUAGUAUUUCUAUGUAUUUAUAUAUGUUCUAUAGGAUUUAGUGAAUCGGCAGCUUCAAGUGGAAAGUGUCAACAUGGAACAUUUACGAACGGAACGUGUGUAUGUAUUUCAGGAUGGGGUGAUAAAAAUUGUGAUAAAUGUUACGGGCGUGCAAGGUUAUCUAAAGAUGAAGGUUUCAUAACUGAUGGCCAAGGAAAUUAUUCGCUGGCUACAAAAUGUAGUUGGUUGAUAGAUAUACCAGAAGCCAAUCAGACAGUGUGGUUUAAAUUUUACGAGUUUGCAACUGAGUGUGGCUGGGAUCAUCUUUACAUCCACGAUGGGGACUCGAGUUUCUCCCCAGUUCUUGCUGCUUUCAGUGGUUUAAUUUUAACCAGAAACAAUAAUUCUGAUGUUGGGUUUGCUGCCAGUGUAUCCAGUAGACAUAUGUAUAUACAUUUUUCUAGUGAUGCUGCCUACACCAUGGCAGGUUUUAAUAUCUCAUACAGCGUAACUGGUUGUUUUUUGGGAUGUUCCGACCAUGGAAUAUGUGAUAAUAAUAUUUGUAACUGUAACGAGGGUUUUACGGGUCAAGGAUGUGAAACUACUGUCUGUCCGAACAACUGUUCAUCUAACGGUGAUUGUAUUGGUGCCGUCUGCAAGUGUAAACCACAGUAUAAAGGUGAUGAUUGCAGUAUAAGUGAGAGUGAGGGUCUAUGGGAGAUUGUAAAUACGGAAUUGUCUCCAGGUGGACGAGCGUCCCAUGUGGCUAUACCAGAGAAUGAUUUGAUGUGGGUUGUCGGUGGAUAUACGCUAACUCCAUUCAGUACCAGAAAUAUUCACAGGUAUAAUUUUAUACAAAAAAAGUGGAGCAAGGUACGAGAACAGGGACCAUCGAUACCACCUGCUCGUUAUGCUCAUGCUAGCGAUCUCCAUGACAACAAGUUAUAUAUGUAUGGAGGUGUGGUCAAUGGACGAGUGAUGAGUGAUAUGUGGGUAUAUAAUAUCAUUAAUACCAACUGGACCCAGUUAACGUCCUCCCCGUAUAACGUGUCGGGACAUACAGCUCAUAUAGUCGAUGGUAUAAUGUAUGUCUUCUUCGGCUAUAGUCCUAAAUAUGGUUAUAUGAGAAUUGUUCAGGAAUAUGAUAUAGCUAAUGAUAAAUGGUCAGUACCAAUAACAAAUGGUGCUAUAGUACAUGGAGGAUACAGCCACAGCAGUGUUAUACAUGUUGAUAGUAGUGGAGCUACUUGUAUAUAUGUUUAUGGUGGAUAUCAUUCCGAUACCCAGUCGGGUUAUAAUUUAACAGAUAAAUUAUAUAUGUAUAAUGUUCGAACUAAAACAUGGACUGUUUUACGGAGUAGUGGAUCACCUCGAUAUCUUCAUUCAGCCGUGGUAUUAGAUGGGAUAAUUUUAAUAUUUGGUGGUAAUACUCACAAUGAUACAUCUGUCAGUAAAGGUGCUAAAUGUUAUUCUACAGAUUUCAUGGCUUAUGAUAUAGAAUGUAACUCAUGGCAUUUUCUACCUCAUCCCAACUUAUCUCAGAAUAUUGCACGAUAUGGACAGAGCAUGGUACAACACCAAGGUUUUGUAUAUAUGUAUGGAGGUUUUAAUGGGCGUAUGUUAAAAGAUCUCAUCAAGUUUUCGCCAGGAAAAUGUCUAGCUAUAAACGACAAAGACGAGUGUUUGCGAUCAUUUCCAGGAACAAAGUGUGUCUGGUUUCAGGGACGUUGUGCUACGCGAUCUCAUCUUAAAAAUGUAUACAUACCAAAUUGUGAUCCUUCUAAAGGUGGUGAGAAGAUAUGUAAAAGUUAUACAUCAUGUACGACUUGUAAUAAUACAAGUUAUGAUUGUAAAUGGUGUAACAAUGGCUGUUUUUAUAAAAACUGUUCAACAGAAGAUAAUAACCCUCCAGGAAAUUGUUCACAAUCACAUUCUGAUAGUGCUUGUGAUCUCCAACAUAAUUGUUAUUCCUGUAUUAAACAAGACCAAUGUCGAUGGACAAAUAAAUGUAUGGACAAAAUUAAAACGAUCAGUAUUGAAGGUGAUGAGGUCAAAGAAGACUCAAAAAUUGAAAAUAUAAAAAUGGGAAAUAUAAAAGAUAAUUUUGAACAGUGUGAAUUGCCGUGUUCUAUGUACACAACGUGUGAAAAUUGUACAGGGAAAACUUGUAUGUGGUGUAGUAAUAUGAAACAGUGUGUCGGAACUAAUUCUUAUGUUGUAUCAUUCCCCUACGGACAGUGUACAGACUGGACAACGAAAGAUGAAAAAUGCCCAGCUACUCGAUGUUCUGGAUUAAGAUCGUGUAGUGAAUGUCAAGCUAAUUCUCUACGCGAUGUUCUGGAUUAA